GACUUUCCUCUUCUCUUCUUCUCCCUGCUAGAUCUUCGUUUUCCUUUCCUUUCUUUCCAUUCCAGCUCUCACUUCCCCACUCCAUCCACCGACUCUCCCCUUCUUAAUCACCCCUUACUUUUCUCUCAUUUCCCACUAUAUCCUCUAACAGUUCUACUUUUAAUAUUAUACUGUUCUCAGUUCCCUGCCUCACAAGCCAAACGAGGUCUUCCAUUAAUCGCUGAAAGAAAGCGGGUUAAGGAAGCUCUUAACUGAGUCAAAAUGCUGGAGCGGUGUCUCGGGACUCAUCGAGUCCUUAGGAUUCAGAGAGCGAUUCGCCACGGAAAAGUCACCCUCUUUUGCCUCUUCAUGACUAUGAUCGUCUUACGUGGUUCUAUCGGCGCCGGCAAGUAUGGUACUCCAGAGCAGGACUUCAAUGAUCUCCGCGACCGCUUCUACGCCUCCCGCAAGCACGCGGAGCCCCAUCGAGUUCUCGUCGAGGCCCAACCCGCUACCGAGUCAGCUCAAAAUGUCAACAAUAAUAACAACGAUCCCAACAAUUAUGCCACAUUUGAUAUUAAUAAGAUACUGGUUGAUGAGGGGCAGGAUGAGAAGCCGGAUCCGAACAAACCUUACAGUCUUGGUCCCAAAAUUUCGGAUUGGGACGAGCAGAGAGCUGAGUGGUUGAGAAAAAACCCUAAUUUCCCUAAUUUUAUUGGGCCUAACAAGCCUAGAGUGCUCUUAGUGACGGGAUCUUCGCCUAAACCUUGUGAGAAUCCGGUUGGGGAUCAUUACUUGUUGAAGUCGGUUAAGAACAAGAUCGAUUACUGCAGGCUUCAUGGGAUUGAGAUUUUCUAUAACAUGGCUCUCCUUGAUGCGGAAAUGGCUGGCUUCUGGGCAAAGCUUCCGUUGAUAAGGAAGCUAUUGCUGUCCCAUCCGGAGAUCGAGUUCUUGUGGUGGAUGGAUAGUGAUGCCAUGUUUACGGAUAUGGCAUUUGAGGUCCCUUGGGAGAGGUACAAGGAUUCCAAUUUUGUGAUGCACGGGUGGAAUGAAAUGGUCUAUGAUCAGAAAAAUUGGAUUGGAUUGAAUACUGGGAGUUUCCUGUUGAGGAAUUCCCAGUGGGCUUUGGAUAUUUUGGAUGCCUGGGCGCCAAUGGGACCCAAAGGCAAGAUUAGGGAGGAAGCUGGGAAGAUACUCACUAGGGAGCUCAAGGACAGGCCCGUUUUCGAAGCUGAUGAUCAGUCUGCAAUGGUUUAUCUAUUGGGUACACAGAGGGAUAAGUGGGGUGACAAGGUUUAUCUAGAGAGUGCUUAUUAUUUGCACGGUUAUUGGGGGAUUUUGGUUGAUCGAUACGAGGAAAUGAUCGAGAAUUAUCAUCCGGGUCUUGGUGAUCACCGGUGGCCACUUGUGACUCACUUUGUGGGUUGCAAGCCAUGUGGCAAGUUUGGUGAUUAUCCAGUGGAAAGGUGUUUGAAGCAGAUGGAUCGAGCUUUCAAUUUUGGGGACAAUCAAAUUUUGCAGAUGUAUGGGUUUACUCAUAAAUCACUUGCUAGCAGAAGAGUUAAAAGAGUAAGGAAUGAGAGUAGCAAUCCACUUGAAGUGAAAGAUGAGCUUGGGUUGCUUCAUCCUGCAUUCAAAGCUGUUAAGUUAUCAACAUCAUCUUGAGACCUAAGGUACAAACAUCAUCAUGAGAGCUUUGAAAAGAAUGGAAUGCGCCACUGGCUGUUGUUUGUUUAAAAUUACAGUACAUGUCAAAUUGCACGCAAUUUCUAUUUAUUGCUUGUGGUGACCAUGGAUAUUGUAUUCUCUUUUUUUCUUUUUCCUAAUUUUGUGUAUUAUUAGUGUUUAAAUUUACAUUGAUUCUUGAAAGAAAGAAAGAAAGAAAGGAAACUCUUGCAUAGGUACUA